CUAUCCCUCUCAAAAACAAACUCUCUUAAGCCAAAUAAACCAUUAUUAAAAUGAUUCGCAAACAAGCUCGACAACGACGAGAUUAUCUCUAUCGAAGAGCCUUAACACUUCGAGACGCUGAGAUCAGUGAAAAGCGCGCAAAGCUUCGAGCCUCUCUAGCAUCAGGCAAACCUUUAGAUCCAUCAAUUGCGAAUGAUAAAAAACUACGAGAAGAUUAUAAAUAUGAUGAAUCACGACCAGAUUUGACGGCAAACGAGGAACUUGACUUGGAUGAUGAAUAUGCUCAACUUUCUGGAAUCGUUGAUCCCAGAGUACUGAUCACAACUUCAAGAGAUCCUUCAUCAAGACUUUCUGCCUUUGCGAAAGAGAUCAGGUUAUUGAUACCAACUUCAAUCCGUCUAAAUCGAGGAAAUCUCAUUUUGCCAAGUCUAAUUACGUCCGCCCAAGCAUCUGGACUUUCCGAUAUCAUCCUCCUCCAUGAACAUCGUGGUACACCAACGGCCUUAACGUUAUCCCACUUUCCCCAUGGGCCCACGAUAUCAUUCUCUCUACACAAUGUUGUUUUGCGCCAUGACAUCCCCAAUAGCUCUCGUGGUACGGUCAGCGAGUCUUAUCCCCAUCUAAUCUUCGAAGGCUUUACAUCAAGAUUGGGUCUUCGAAUCGUCAAAAUCUUGAAACAUAUCUUUCCCCCAAGAGAAGCGAUUACGAACAAGACGAAAAUGGGAAGCAGAGUUGUCACGUUCAAGAAUAUUGAAGAUAGCAUCGAAGUUCGACACCACGUGUUCGUUAAGACGGGAUAUCAAAAUGUGGAACUCGCAGAAGUUGGACCUCGGAUGACGAUGAGAUGUUUCGAAAUUAGAGGAGGAACUUUGGAGAAUAAGGAUGGCGAUGUCGAAUGGAGGAUGAAUCAAUAUACGAGAACUUCCAAGAAGAAGGACUACCUGUGAGAGUUUGGGAUAUGAUUAUUUGCUUGUUUGUUUAGCGUGGAGUUUGGUGGUAUCAACUUACUGUUGCGAGGUUCAAAAGAUUACAAGUCGAGGUCCUUCUCCAUCGACAUAUCUACCAAAGAUCGUGACAAAGAAAAAAAUAUCCGCGGAUAACAUAGGUAGUAGCCAUAUGGUCGCGGCGACUCUGCAUGCCUCGUCUACCGAUAUGGAAAGAAUCGAGAAUGUACCGAGGAGGGGUUGAUGCAUCAUGGGUACGAUGUGAUCUGAAAACAGUCUAUGGUUGGGCAUUAUUCAGAUCCCCUCAUUUCUGCUACCUUGUUAUGCAUUUCGGUUUCUUUGUUCAAAAUUCGGUUAUGAGCGAAGCAAACAAAAUUAGUGUAGGUGUCUAGAUGCAUAUUCUCAAUCACAUUGUUCAUUAAUUUGUCUUUCAAGC